AGGCUGAAGCCUAAACCUCUGACAUGGCCACAGCCUCACCAAGAUCUGAUACAAGUAACAACCAUAAUGGAAGAUUACAGAUGCAAGUAACAGUUUCUAGUGCCAAACUGAAACGGAAAAAGAAUUGGUUUGGAACAACUUUCUACACGGAAUUAACUGCAGAUGGAGAAAUUAAGAAAACAGCAAAAUCAAGUAGUUCUUCAAAUCCAAAAUGGGAUGAGCAGCUGACAGUGAAUGUGACUCCACAGACUACGCUGGAAUUUAGAGUGUGGAGCCAUCACACUUUAAAAGCAGAUGCUUUAUUAGGAAGAGCAACUGUAGACUUGAGACAAGCUUUGGAAAUACACAAUAGAAAAUUGGAGAAGGUGAAAGAACAGUUGAAACUCUCUUUGGAAAACAAGAGUGGCAUGGUGCAAACAGGUGAACUGACAGUUGUGCUAGAUGGUUUGGUUGUUGAACAGGAAUCUCUUACAAAUCUCAGUUCACCAGCAACCAUAGAAGUUCAGCAAAAUGGCGAGGCUGUGCAUGAAAACAGAGAUGCUUCAGCAAGAAGUACAUCCAGAUCUCCUUGUGACAUUUCUAAUGGGAUAGACAAUCAAGUACCUUCCAACUCGGUAGUACAGAAUGUGUUCUGUAUAGAAGCUGUUAAUGGAGACAGCACACCAUCUCCUACCCACGUUGCAGCCAGACCCAAAAAUACACCAGUACCAAAACCACUUGCAGCUCAGCCUGUCAACAGCACUGUUAAUGGCGAGUCAUCCGCCUCUGCACCAGAAGCUGGUAAUUCUUCUGUGUCUGAGGCUCCGGCAGGUUCAGUCGAAGCUCCCUCAUCUUCAGAUUGCACUAGCACUACAACAGAACCUCAGACCACAGCAGAAGCAAGUGGUUCCUCUGAAGGCCACACUUCUACAUCACCUGUUGUGUCUGCUGGACUGGAAUCUACAGCUGCAACAGACUGUGCGCAGCCUAAUGCUAGGAACAGUACAGCAGCAGAUGCAGCAAAACCAAGGGAAUCGUCCACCACCUCAAGUGCAUCUGCAGAACCUGUAAGACAGCAGCCUGGUAAUGCCAGCACAGAACCUUUGCCACCAGGGUGGGAACAAAGAAAGGAUCCUCAUGGUAGAACCUAUUAUGUUGAUCACAACACACGAACUACAACAUGGGAAAGACCACAGCCUUUACCUCCUGGCUGGGAAAGAAGAGUUGAUGAUCGUGGGAGGGUUUACUAUGUGGACCACAACACCAGAACAACAACGUGGCAGCGACCAACAAUGGAAUCAGUGAGGAACUUUGAGCAAUGGCAGUCGCAACGGAAUCAACUGCAGGGAGCUAUGCAACAAUUCAACCAACGAUACCUCUAUUCGGCUUCAAUGUUGUCAGCAGAAAAUGAUCCACUUGGGCCUUUACCACCAGGUUGGGAAAGGAGAGUGGAUUCGAAUGAUAGGGUGUAUUUUGUAAAUCAUAACACAAAGACAACGCAGUGGGAAGACCCUCGAACUCAAGGUUUACAAAAUGAGGACCCUCUUCCAGAGGGCUGGGAAAUCAGAUACACCAGAGAAGGUGUCAGAUACUUUGUUGACCAUAAUACAAGAACCACCACCUUCAAUGAUCCUCGUACUGGGAAAUCUUCUGUAAAUAAAGGGCCACAGAUUGCUUAUGAGCGUAGCUUUAGGUGGAAACUUGCUCAUUUCCGUUACUUGUGUCAGUCCAAUGCACUGCCAAGUCAUGUGAAAAUCAAUGUGUCCAGACAGACUUUGUUUGAGGAUUCCUUCCAGCAAAUUAUGGCAUUAAAACCCUAUGAUUUGAGGAGAAGAUUAUAUGUUAUAUUUAGAGGAGAAGAAGGAUUGGAUUAUGGUGGCUUGGCAAGAGAAUGGUUUUUCUUGCUUUCCCAUGAAGUACUGAACCCUAUGUACUGCCUAUUUGAAUAUGCUGGCAAGAGCAACUAUUGCCUGCAGAUAAAUCCAGCAUCAACAAUCAAUCCUGAUCAUCUUUCAUAUUUCUGUUUCAUUGGGCGCUUUAUUGCCAUGGCUUUGUUUCAUGGGAAAUUUAUUGACACUGGUUUUUCUCUGCCUUUCUACAAACGAAUGCUCAGCAAGAAACUUACUAUUAAGGAUCUAGAAUCUAUCGAUACUGAAUUUUACAACUCCCUCAUUUGGAUAAGGGAUAAUAACAUUGAAGAGUGUAACUUGGAAAUGUACUUUUGUGUGGAUAUGGAGCUCUUAGGAAAAGUAACCUCACACGAGCUGAAAUCGGGAGGUUCAAAUAUCUUGGUAACGGAGGAGAACAAAGAAGAAUAUAUUGGGCUAAUGGCUGAGUGGCGAUUUUCUCGGGGAGUUAGAGAACAAACCAAAGCUUUUCUUGAUGGAUUUAAUGAAGUUGUACCUCUACAGUGGCUACACUAUUUUGACGAAAAGGAGCUGGAGGUUAUGCUCUGUGGUAUGCAAGAAGUUGAUUUGGCAGACUGGCAGAGGAACACUGUUUAUCGUCAUUAUACACGGAAUAGCAAGCAGAUCAUAUGGUUCUGGCAGUUUGUAAAAGAAACAGACAACGAGGUUCGCAUGCGACUUCUGCAGUUCGUCACUGGCACUUGCAGAUUGCCACUGGGUGGAUUCGCUGAACUCAUGGGAAGUAACGGUCCUCAGAAAUUCUGCAUUGAAAAAGUUGGUAAGGAAACCUGGUUACCAAGAAGUCACACUUGUUUUAAUCGUUUGGACCUGCCACCAUAUAAAAGCUAUGAACAAUUAAAAGAGAAGCUGCUCUUUGCCAUUGAAGAAACAGAAGGAUUUGGUCAAGAGUAGAAGUGGCGUUGAGUGAAAAGGAGAUCUUGCAUAAUGAAAGGCCCAGCCAACUAAAAUUGCACACUUAAUUGUAUAUAAGCUUUUGGUUCUGUACAGUGAUCUUUCUGGAACUCUAAAAGUGUAAUUGUUCUCCGUUCUUCCACAAUGAUAUGCAAAACAGUUCAGCCUUUUCUACUUUUAUUUAUUGCCCUUCCAAAAGACCAGAAAAACCCCUCAUAAAUUUUGAAAGCAGACAAGAGACUUAUUUAAAAUAU